AUGAAGUCAGAUCAGGAACUACAUCAAGGGGAAUACAUCACAGGGGGUCGUCAAAGAGAAUACAUCACAGGGGGUCGUCAAAGAGAAUACAUCACAGGGGGUCGUCAAAGAGAAUACAUCACAGGGGGUCGUCAAGGGGAAUACAUCACAGGGGGUCGUCAAGGGGAAUACAUCACAGGGGGUCGUCAAAGAGAAUACAUCACAGGGGGUCGUCAAAGAGAAUACAUCACAGGGGGUCGUCAAAGAGAAUACAUCACAGGGGGUCGUCAAAGAGAAUACAUCACAGGGGGUCGUCAAAGGGAAUACAUCACAGGGGGUCGUCAAAGAGAAUACAUCACAGGGGGUCGUCAAAGAGAAUACAUCACAGGGGGUCGUCAAAGAGAAUACAUCACAGGGGGUCGUCAAAGAGAAUACAUCACAGGGGGUCUUCAAAGAGAAUACAUCACAGGGGGUCGUCAAAGAGAAUACAUCACAGGGGGUCGUCAAGAGAAUACAUCACAGGGGGUCGUCAAAGAGAAUACAUCACAAGGGGUCGUCAAAGAGAAUACAUCACAGGGGUCGUCAAAGAGAAUACAUCACAGGGGGUCGUCAAAGAGAAUACAUCACAGGGGGUCGUCAAAGAGAAUACAUCACAGGGGGUCGUCAAAGAGAAUACAUCACAGGGGGUCGUCAAAGAGAAUACAUCACAGGGGGUCGUCAAAGAGAAUACAUCACAGGGGGUCGUCAAAGAGAAUACAUCAUGCAGGAUAG